CUCGACUUCCGUCACAAAAGCUUGUGCCCGUUGAUUUUCCAUGGCAGUACACAUAACUCUAAUAGCAUGAUUUCGUUAUCCGAUUGGAACAUCAUAAUCGCCUGGAUUGUAUACUCAAUCCUCGGCCUCCUGUCAUUAUAUCUCUUUCGCUUGAAUCGCCUCCUGCAAAAAACACCCGACGAAGUCCGGAAGUGCUCGUGUUCACGAUGGACGCCAGAACUACUCGCGAAAACUUAUCAAGAAAUCAGUGAGAACCCGAUUGACUAUACGAGUCAGCUUCCACCAAAGAUGGACCGCCGCUACAUCGUCACCGGUGGCUCCGGGCUCGUGGGCGGAUUCAUAGUGCUUCAAUUGUUAGCUCGCGGCAAUUCACCAGAAAGUAUACGGAUCCUUGAUAUACGAAAGACCGAGCGAAAUGACAUGAUCACAGGGCCUGCCACCGAGGUCGAUUUCGUGCAGACUGACAUCACCUCGGCUGCCUCUGUUGAAGCUGCAUUCGCCAAACCAUGGAAUCCCUCCGUGGCCAACCUACCCCUGACCGUUUUCCAUACUGCAGCUGUCAUUAUUGCCUCAGACAGGUCUGCUUAUUUCUACGGGUUUCCUGAAGCCGUCAAUGUCAAAGGCACCAGAAACGUGUUAGCUGCAGCACGGCAAGCUGGUGCAGAUAUCUUCAGCUACACUUCGUCUGCAUCAAUUUGCGUACGACCAGUUGAGACCUUUGUCCCACCUUGGGCCAAGUUUCCUCGGCAUAUCUGGCAGAUGUUAGACGAGCAGGACUUCUCCAGACCCCUGAGAUCGCGAGAAGAUUUCUUUGGAAAUUAUCCCUAUUCAAAAGCAGUGGCAGAGCGACUCGUCUGUGCCGAGAACGAUGAACUUUUCCGGACGGGUUGCGUUAGACCGGCCAAUGGCGUCUACGGCAAUCCAAGUGACAACACAGUUGGCACCCCGCUAAGCAAAGACAUAUUUCCAACAUGGGUACCCCAUAUUGUCCAGAGCUUCGUUCAUGGUGCCAAUGUGGCCAUCGCACACCUGCACCACGAGGCUGCGCUCGUGAAGAAGGACUCGCCACAAGCUGGACGACCAUUCGUGGUAACCGAUCCAAACCCUCCGAUCACCUAUGAUGAUCUCUAUUCCGCAAUUUCCACCCUUUCAAUCCAUCCGUUUCGACUCAUUGUCCUCCCACCUGUCAUCAUGCUGCUGAUCUCGUAUUGUAUCGAGUGGUAUUCUAUUUUGCCGCACAAAUUCCCGCUGUUGAAGAAUAUUCUACCAGAAAUAAGAGGCGAGGCAAAACAUCUGAAGCCCGGACUCUUCUCGAUCACUACGCAUCUGAUAGGCUCGGAUGCGAAUGCCAGGAAGCCAGUCGAACAAGGGGGACUAGGAUACAGCGGCGUACUUACCACGUUACAGGGCAUGACUUUGGAGAUACUUGAGUGGAACAGGGAACAUGCCGCAGGGCAGGGAGGAAAGACGAGGAAGACGUAUACGACAUCAGUGUCGCUGGCUGACAGAAUCCAAGAGCUUGCAUCCGUGGGUAUCUCCAGCCAGAGCGUGGACUUAGGGGUACAAACUUCCCGAAUGUGGAGUUGAAAGGUGAAAGCCGGUUCAAGUGCAUCCGAGGAAAUGAAGACUUGCUGCACAAAUUCGUGUUGUAAUUCGGUGCUUCUGGUAUUCCGGAUGCAAGGGCGGACCCCUCAGAGCAGGAGCCCCCCAAAAGAGAGAGGAAAUCACCUGGAAGCGGCCCGUGUCCAUCACCACUUCUAGGUUAAAUACUCUUCUUCAGAGUAUGGAGUACUACGCAUGACUGGUCCUACUCCGUAUAAUAGAAGGAUGGGAGAUAUGCCACAAAAUUUAGAUUAGUGUCUCCAUAUUUCUAAACGAUUUUUAAUAUUUUGCUC